AUGACGGCGGACUCUGAAGUACUCAAAGUGAUGAAUGAUCCAUCUGCUAAUUGUGACGAGAUGGACACUGAUAAAUGUGGUACUGCUGAUGAAGAAGGGCAACAGUACUUAGUAAAAUAUCAAUUAUUUGGUCCUGCAUCUUUGUUCACCUGUCGUCAUUAUCUGAUGACGAAUAUAAUUAAAGAAUAUGUUACUGAGCAUAUUCGUUCGUACCUUCAAGAAGUAUUUGAUCUCAUCAUCUCAACAGAUGUAGUGCACAACGAUGUCAUAAAGGAAUUGCAAACAUUUGCUGAUAAAUAUGCUCUCAAUCUAUAUAUGUACACGAUCGGAGGAGACGUAGAAGAACUCUACGAAAUAAAGUCGUCGCUUGUGCUUGGAGAUGGGAAAACCUUUUGUGCUUUUCUUGUAUACGAUCAAAGUCGUCAACAGUUCUACUUGUUCUCUGCACUUGGAGCAGAUGCAAAAGAGCAAUUCAUGUUUCUGAUGAACGAUCAACAAACUCUGCAAUCAUUCAUAGAUAUUGUUGUCAGUUACGAUUGGUCAGGUGAUCAACAAGCUGAUACGAAGAAAGACAAAUCGCAUAUUGUGAACAAUACUUCCGCUAAAGAAGUAGAUAUUAGCAAAAGUCAAAUGAAAUCUGUGCUAGAGACAUCAGACUUAUGUUAUUUAUUAUUGAACAACGUUCACAGUCUUAUUCCUUUUGUUGGAUCGCAGCUCGAUAACAUCACUCAUUUCCGCUUCAAAUCUUCGGACUACCAACUAACGGACGACGAUCAUAAAUCACCAGAAGCUUCGAACAAAGCUCUGCAGAAACAGCUUCAACUACUUUCCAAGCUAUCGAAUUCAGCAGCAGAACUUUUGGAAAGAAAUCGCACAACAUGUACUUCUGUAGAUAGUACUGAUGACCUUGUUACCACACGAGAUAGACCAGCAACAACGAUCAAUGAAAACAUCCUAGCAAGUGCUUCCCGUGGAGAGACACCAUUACCGAAAGUACAACUAUUGAAUCAACCGGCACGCGUUCGCCGCCAUCGAAAUUUAGAAGAAUUGCGUGACGAUCAUUGUCCUGCAGUACAAAUUGAAGGAGCUAUCACAGGCAAACCAUUGGAAUUUCACCUUCCAGCAGCCAUACGUGAUCGUUCAAAUGUUUUGUAUCUUGGAGCUCAUGUUACAACCUACGAUGGUGCAGAACACGAUCAACGAAUACCUGUGAGCAUGAAUAUGGCAGUAAAACAAAAUUGUAAUCUAAAGAAAAACGAUCUGAACUGUUUUCAAAUUGCUGAUAAUCAAGAUAAUAAUUGCAUAUUUGACCAGAAAACCAGAGGUAUUUUUUCGAAGAUCACUCAGAGUGAAAAGAACAGUCUUAACAAAAGUUGGAGUUUUCGAACAGUCAACUUAUAUCAAGAUGAUAAAAUUACCAAGACAAUAAUUAAAAGUAAAAAGCUUCAAUGGAGUCGAUUCAAAUUUGCAAUCUACAUCAAGUCAUCGAAUGGAGAUUUUCAACAAAUAUCUCCGGUAACUUAUUCAGAUUUGUUUGUAGAAACGACUGGCAACGCAUCAAUAGCAACGAAUACGAUUUUUCCAAUGCGACUCUGCGCAAAUGGCGGACAAAUGAUAUUUGUUCCGCUUUCCGAAGCGAUGGAAAAAGACGACAUUGUCGUGCAAUUGAAUGGCGAAAAAUUGAAUUCAAACAAAUUCGCAGUAUCAAAACAAAUCUUAUCUUUUGAAUCGCCGGCAUGUACACAAAGAACAAAUUCUCUCAUUAUCCAAGUCAACACUCACUCGUCUGAUUGCUUUGAAAUCUUAUAUCAUCCGCACGAAGACGGUCACCCUGAUCCAUGCGGUCUGUUAGAGACUAAUUGA